AUGGCUUACCAGCAGCAAUGCAAACAGCCCUGCCUGCCUCCUCCAUGCUGUGUGAAGCAGUGCAAGACUAAAUGCGUGGAUCCGUGCCCUCCAUGCCCUCCUAAGUGCGUGGAUGUGUGCCCUCCUAAGUGUGUGGAUGUGUGCCCUCCUAAGUGUGUGGAUCAGUGCCCUCCUAAGUGCGUGGAUGUGUGCCCUCCUAAGUGUGUGGAUCAAUGCCCUCCUAAGUGCGUGGAUCAGUGCCCUCCUAAGUGCGUGGAUGUGUGCCCUCCUAAGUGCGUGGAUCAGUGCCCUCCUAAGUGCGUGGAUGUGUGCCCUCCUAAGUGCGUGGAUGUGUGCCCUCCUAAGUGCGUGGAUCAGUGCCCUCCUAAGUGCGUGGAUGUGUGCCCUCCUAAGUGCGUGGAUGUGUGCCCUCCGUGCCCACCUCUGCAGCAGUGCUGCCAAGAAAAGAAGUUCUGUUAG